AUGGACUGGACUUCUUCUGAUUUUGAAGAAUUAGGAAAUAUACUGAAGCCCUGCAUACCUUUGAUAAGAUUUGAGCACAUCAGUCCAGAUGAUUUUGUACUCAAGGUGGAACCAUUUCGAAAGAUCUUGGAUCAAGACUUAUAUGAAAAGAUUUUAGAAUAUCACUUUUUGUCGAACUUUAAACCCACGAGCUCAAACAUGAAGCACCGUGGGGUCGAUUCCUUGUUAAUUGGAUUAAGACAUAUAGCACAUUUCUCGAAUUGGAUCGAUAAUAAUACUACGUACACCACCUCAACCUCACCUUAUGAAUUCGAUUUAUUAUUGAGAGGCACUAAGGACGGAUUUACGCCCAAGAUGUUUCAUUCAAAAUGUGAUUAUGAGGGCUCUACGUUGACCAUCAUUAAGAUCAAGGGAACCAAUGAACUUUUGGGCGGUUAUAAUCCUUUUGAUUGGAAGAGUGAUAAUACUUAUGGGCAGACGAAAGACAGUUUCAUAUUCAAUAUGAACUACAUGAACCCCUCGAUGUCAAUAAUAUCUCGACCAAUAGUAUCAAAUCCAAUCGGAAACAAUCGAGACUAUGGACCUUGUUUUAGAGUUGACUUAUACUUGGAUUAUUAUGAAUUUACAAAACAAUGUAAGUGUAAUUGUAGCCAGCUUCAUUAUAGAAAAUCAAUCUUUAAGGAUAUUGAGCAUGUCAUUCUUGAUGUUGAAGAAUAUGAAGUUUUCAGAGUAACCAGGAAAUAA